AUGCCUGCCUCUGUCACGGUCUUAUGUUAUGUUACAAAUUAUCGUAAAUCAUUUGCCAAUAAAGAUCUUACAAUCGUUGAAGCUUCGGGUAUUGUAAGAUCUCGAAGUAUGAAUUCUCCUCUAAAUGUAAUUUUGAUCAGAUUUUAUCCUAAUAAUGUAAUUCAGGAAUUAAGUUUACCUGAAUUCGAAAACGAAGAUGUAAUACUCGCAACAGGAAAUUUUCGUAUUAUUGAAAACGUAGAUAAAGACAACAAAAAAUAUCCAAUCUUAAAAGUAAUUGUUCUAAACGAUAUCAUUCGUUUCAAUGAUAUUGAUCCUAACAAUAUACCUGCGUUUCCAAUAUUGCUAAAUAUGACAGCAGUAGCUCAAGAAGAACCAGUAAUUGAUGAAGAAGAUGUAACUAUAAAGGUUUCAUCAAGAAAUUUCAUUGACCAAGACUAUGCUAAUAUUGAAAUGAUGUGUUAUUAUUCUGUAUAUGCUCGACAUUUAAUGAACAUAAUUACCACUGUAAAAAAACAUUCGGUAAUUUAUAUAAAUGGAGAGCUAAUAAUAACCGAUGAUUCUAACUUAGUUCAUAUUCGAAGCAUUUCUUUCCCUGAAUAUCAAAAUUCAAUUUUAGCUACAAGAGAUACGAUUCAACUAUCGUGGGAAACUAAGAAUAAUGACGAGGAAAACAAAUUAAAUACUGUAGCUCAAACAAUCGCCACUAAAGUUAAAGGAAAUAGUCGUCGUAAAAAAAUUACACCUACUACAACACCAUAUUUCAAGACUAAACCUCGUUUUAUUCGUCCUAAAGUUACAGAUCUAGCGAAUAAUUUUUUAAAUCAAAAAUCUAAUACACCUGAACAAACAACUUCCUCAGCUACCAAUGCGAAAUAG